AUGGAGAACAUUUUCAGCGCAAGAUUCGACAAGUACGAGCCGCGGCGGGACAACCUCCCCAGAGUACUGCUCAGGGGGUGGCACCCAGGCACCGCGGCCGCUGCCCUGGGCUUAAACACUGGAAGGGGCAUCUAUCCUUUUGCGUGGCAAUGCCUCCUACCGGCGUCGAACACCCGGGUCAGCAGGGAGCCCCCAAGUCUCCCCUCGCGCCUCACCGAGCUCUCGAGGCCGGCGGUAACGGCUCUGGCCCAGAGCCACAUCGGCAGUCAACAAGAGGUAGCCACUCCAUUCACAUCGUGGACGGCGGACUUGUCUACGGCCGUAUUCUUCGCACUGGGCAGCUUUGGCCACGUCCAGUGGGAGAUGAAUGAUGCGCCGGGAUACAUUGCUGUCGUCGACUCAUCGCGCCCGCGCCCAGUUAUUCACGUGCCCGAUUUAGGCUGGCAGUCUCUGCCGCAGGAGUACCUCAUCUACGGUCCCGUCACGGAGGGCAUCCGAGUCGUGUCCAUCGCCGCCAUUAGGAACAUAAUUAACUGCCAGCACUGGCCCUUUUGCCACAGCGUCAGGCGAGAACCUCACGCGGUUACAGAAGAAGAAAUCCGGGACUCGGUGAGGGUGGGCCUUCUCUUCUUAGGCCCCACGGACAAGCACGUCGAUGUCGUGCUAGUAAUCGCAGCAUCGCUUCUAUCUUGGGCCCAGGUCCGGGUCUUAAGCCCCAGGCCCCUCGGCCCUGCGGAAUUGGCACGUGCCGAAAGGCAGCAGACCAGGCCGUGGCCCCAACCCGACCUUGACACCAUCCUGGGUUCUCGCCUUCUGGUCCACAAGGGCGCUGUUCCUCCUCUCAGCGGCGCUCUUCUCGGGAAUGCCCUCACGAGUACGUCAGCUUGGGAACCCGCGAGGGACACGGCCGAAACGAGCCCACCAGUGCUUACGCGUGCACAGUGGGUUGCGGCGUUCAAAGCGGCGGCCAACUGGCACUCGCCCGUUCCGCAUGAUUGCGGACCCAUUCGGUGCGAGUUCUGCGGAAAGGUCGGUGCUACGGCGACGGACUGGCUGAAAUUAGAAUCGAUCUAUUUUUGCUCCCAGCAGUGUUACGAUUCGCAGGCCAAGAAAGAGAGGGCUGAAGGGAACCAGAAUUCGGUUAAGGAACUGUAA